AUGUCAUACGUCUCCGUGGUAGACUGCGAUAGUGGAGUCCAGGUGGUGGACGGGACGGGUGGGGUUAAUGUAGUAGACGGAGACAGCGGGGUAAACGUGGUAGACGGAGGCGGCGGUGUCCACGUCGUGGGUGGUGACGGCGGGGUGAACGUGGUGGGUGGAGACGGUGGGGUGAAUGUGGUGGAUCACCCGGGUGCCGGGGUGGUCAGCGUGGUGGACGGGCCCCCUGGAGCGGGGGUGAACGUGGUAGACGGCGAUUGCUUCGGUGGAGUGCGCGUAGUGGACGGG